GUUGAAAUCAUUUCUAACGAUCCAGGCAACCGUACAACCCCUUCUUACGUAGCCUUCACUGACACCGCCCUUCGUUUCGUCGGCGACGCCGCCAAGAAUCAGGUUGCGGCCAAUCCCGUCAACACCGUUUUUGAUGCCAAGAGAUUAAUUGGUAGGAGAUUCAAAGAUGUGUCUGUACAACAUGACAUGAAGCUCUGGCCAUUUGUAGUCAUCUCUGGCCCUGGUGGCAAACCGAUGAUUGAGGUAUCUUAUAAAGGCGAGAAAAAGCAAUUUGCAGCUGAAGAAAUUUCUUCUAUGGUUCUUUCCAAGAUGAAAGAGACUGCCGAAGCAUACCUUGGUGCGACCGUGAAAAAGGCAGUAGUAACCGUUCCUGCGUAUUUCAAUGACUCGCAGCGACAAGCUACCAAAGAUGCGGGAGUCAUUGCUGGCCUGGAUGUUAUGCGCAUUAUCAAUGAACCUACAGCUGCCGCCAUUGCUUAUGCUCUUGAUAAAGAAACCAAAAGCGCAGGGGAGAAGAAUGUUCUCAUUUUUGACCUUGGAGGUGGUACUUUUGAUGUCUCUAUCCUCACCAUCGAAGAGGGUGUUUUUGAAGUUAAAGCUACUGCUGGCGAUACUCAUCUUGGAGGAGAGGACUUUGAUAAUAGAAUGGUUAGCCACUUUGUUCAAGACUUCCAAAGAAAGCACAACAAAGACAUUAGUGGCAAUCCAAAAGCUCUUAGGAGAUUGAAGACAUCUUGUGAGAGGGCAAAGAGGGGCCUUUCAUCCUCAACUCAGAUUAAAGUAGAGAUUGAUUCUUUGUUUGAGGGAAUCGACUUUUAUGCCAGCAUUACUCGCGCCAAAUUUGAGGAGAUGAACUUGGAUUUGUUUAAGAGAUGCAUCGAGAUUGUUAAGAAGUGUUUGACUGAUGCAAAGAUGGAUAAGAGUGCACUUCACGAGGUUGUACUUGUGGGUGGUUCUAGUAGGAUUCCUAAGGUUCAGCACUUGUUGCAAGAAUUACUUCACGGAAAGGAGCUUUGCAAGAGAAUCAAUCCCGAUGAGGCAGUCGCGUAUGGCGCAGCUGUUCAAGCCGCGAUAUUGGCAGGCACGAUGGUUCAGGAAGUUGUACUGGUAGACGUGACUCCAUUAUCUCUCGGCGUAGAAUGUAUAGGUCAAGUCUUUGCCAUUGUAGUCCCGAGGAACACUACUGUCCCUAUCCGGAAGGAGCAAAUAUUCUCAACUGCAUAUGAUUAUCAAACUGGUGUUUCAAUUCGAGUAUACGAGGGUGAAAGAGCUAGGUCAUGCGACAACAACUUGUUAGGUACAUUUGAGCUCUCCAAAAUCCUUAAAGCCCGUAGGGGUAUUCCCAAAAUUAAUGUCUGUUUCGAAUUGGAUGCCAAUGGGAUAAUGCAUGUUUCUGCUGCGGAUAUCACAACAGGCUCAAGGAAACAAAUCACCAUUACCAAUGAUAAAGGAAGAUUAUCAGCUGAAGAGAUUGAGAAAAUGGUGAAGGAGGCGUUGAAAUUGAAUGCCGAGGAAGAGGAACAUAAAAGGAAGGUUGCUGCGAAAAAGGCUCUUGAGAGUUAUAUCCUUAGAACAAGAAAGAAAAUCAACAAUAGGUAUGCUAAUGGUAAUCUACCUUCGGCCGAGAAAAAGAAGAUGGAAGAUGCAAUGGAGCAGGCCUUCCAGUGGUUGAAUGGAGAUCAUCUUGCAGGGACAGAUGACUAUCAGGACAAGAUGGAAGAGCUUGUCAACUUAUGCAAUCCAAUACUUGCUGCUGGCACUACCUGUUGUCCUCCUUUGAAGAAGCCAAAAUACGAGAUAAUCGAUUGAAGGGAAGGAGCUGGCUGCGCUAGUACUAUAUUUUGCGGUUACAUUACUCUCUAACAGUACAUAUUCUGGAUGCAUAGAUGGUAUGGUUUCUAACUUGUCCAGCAUUUUGGCCUUUAGGUUUUCAAAUUGGAUAGAUGACUCAGUAGAUGUGAUCAUCUAAACAUUGCUGGUUUCCGUUUUGCUGAAUUCUAGCACCAACAAUAUGGUUGUUAAAAGGUAUAAACCCACUUCAACCUGC